ACAUUUAACUGUUAUCAAUUCAACUCAAUUCAACUCAACUCAACCUUCAAUACACAACACAGUUAGAACAAUGUCAUCAUCAUUCUCUAUCUCUUCUUCACUACCAUCACUUCAAAACCCUAACUUCGACCAUGCUCCUCUCUUCAAAUCCCUCAAAUUACCCAAUCUCCGUUUCAAUUCUAGAAUCUCUUCACCACCACGCUCUCGUCCCAACUUCCCCCAACUCUACAAAACCUCCACCACUCUCCGCCGUAGAUUCCCAUGCAAUAAAGCCUUGAAAGAUUCCGGUGAUGGUAGUGGUGGUGGUGGCGGUGGAGAUGGUGACCAGGAGGUUGAGAAGAAAAAUGUGUCUUCCGGACUUUUUCCAGAGUGGUUGAAUUUCACUAGUGAUGAUGCCAAAACGGUUUUUGCUGCUUUGGCGAUUUCCCUUGCGUUUCGGACUUUCAUUGCUGAGCCGAGGUUUAUUCCUUCUUUGUCAAUGUAUCCUACUUAUAAUGUUGGAGAUAGAAUUGUUGCUGAAAAGGUUUCAUACUAUUUUAGAAAGCCGUGUGCAAAUGAUAUUGUGAUUUUCAAAAGUCCUCCAGUUCUUCAAGAAGUUGGAUAUACUGAUGAUGAUGUUUUCAUAAAACGUAUUGUUGCAAAGGAAGGUGAUAUCGUAGAGGUUCGAAAUGGACAUGUUGUAGUUAAUGGGAUUGAGAGGGAUGAGAAGUUUAUAAAAGAAGCACCGAAGUAUGAGAUGAAACCCAUACGUGUGCCAGAGAACUCCGUUUUUGUGAUGGGAGACAACCGCAAUAACAGCUACGACUCACAUGUGUGGGGUCCCCUGCCGGCCAAGAAUAUCAUAGGUAGAUCAGUAUUCCGAUAUUGGCCACCAAAUAGAGUUGCCGUCACAGUUGCUAAGGGAGGGUGCCCUGUUGAAACAAAGCCAGAGACUACAAGUACUACUCUAGCAUCUCAAUGAUGAAGGCAACAACCUUUUUUGUCAGAGCUUCAAAUUAGAAUUCAUUUUGUACAAUAGUUUGUUGGGAAAACGAUUUUACGCUCCUUCCCAUUCUCCGUGUUAGCUUGUAUCGUUGUUGAUGCCUGAUCACCCUUCUGUAACAGGAUUUUGAAUCCAAAGAUUAGCAAGACACACAAAAGAUGAAAUGAUGGAAUUCUAUAUUCUGUUUUUUAAUUACUAACAACUGGUUGUAGUACUAUCCCAUU